AUGACGGAACACCUCAAAGACAAGGGCUCAAAAUUGCAAACGAUUAUAGCUGGGUCGACAGCAGGUUUGGUGUCCAGAUUCGUUGUCGCCCCGCUCGAUGUUAUCAAGAUCCGGCUCCAACUUCAAUCCCAUUCCCUGGACAUUGUUCGCGAUGAGGGCUUCACGGCACUCUGGAAAGGCAAUGUCCCUGCCGAGAUCAUGUACAUGGUUUAUUCGGCCGCGCAGUUCACGGCAUACCGGGCCACCGCCGAGGCCAUCCGUCCGUACCUUGGCGACAAUAGGACGAACCCCCGCAUCGAGGCCCAGAUCGCGUGGAUCGCCGGUACGGUGGCUGGGUUAGCUGGCACCACGAUGUCUUACCCCCUCGACCUGCUCCGAACACGAUUCGCCGCCCAAGGCAACGAUCGCGUAUACAAGUCCUUCUUCCGAGCCUUUGGGGAAAUAUACCGAGACGAAGGGCUCCAGGGCUUCUUCCGCGGCAUCGUGCCGACCCUGCUCAACGCAGGCCCGGGCAUGGGCAUCUACUUCCUUACCUAUGAGGCGCUCCGUCCCCUGACCUUCAUCGCAAAGACUACCGUCUUUCCCCUGGACAUUGUGAGGAAGCGGAUGCAAGUCCAGGGCCCGACCCGUGGCAAGUACAUCCACAAGAAUAUCCCCGAAUACACGAGUACUAUGGGCGCGAUCCGCACCAUUCUAGCUACCGAGGGCAUCAGGGGGCUCUACCGGGGUCUCUUCGUCACGCUGCUCAAGCACGCCCCUAGCAGCGGCGUAACAUUGUGGGUAUACGAGAGCACCUUGCGAAACCUUAUUAAACUAGAUAAUGCUGCUGAGCGUAAUAUUUGA